AUGGGAGGAGUCACUCCGUCUAUCAGGGGCUUGGAUGCUCAGUGGACUUCUCAUAUGCAAGGUGGGGUUGGAAUAACACUAUCAGAGUGGCUCAGCACUUGGAUCAACGAUCCUAUGAUUAGUGACAGCAAACACGAGAUCUCUGAGGCCUAUCAACUUGUCACCGACAAGGAGGGUGAGGUCCGCUCGGAGUUGAAUGGUGACCUUCCUCGUGGCAGGAGUGCGGACGAGGAUGAGGCUUUGGGUACCAGGUGUCGUGAUGGUGCCCGUCGUGCCUUUUCUAGGGUGUGA